AUGGUCGAUUACGAGAAUCCAUUUCACUACAAUUUUUUCGCCUUCUACAUAUUCUUCGGCUGUAUUCUUUUGGUGUUGAAUUUGCAAACGAUGCUGGUUAUUCGACGAUCCAAGUGUCUGUGGGCUCUUUCCGCUUAUCGUCUCAUCUUCUUUAGUUCCGCUGCUGAUGCUGUGAAUUGUGGAGCUCAAGUCGCUGCAGUGGCCAUCACUAUCCGCACUCCUGUCAUUCAUCCAACUUUAAAUUCGUUUUUGGGCGCACUCUUUCAAACGUCUUAUGCAAUGGAGUAUCCUACUAUACUCAUCCUCGCCUCUAAUCGGUUCAUCGCAGUGGUUUUCCCAAAAAAGAUGGAUCAUGUAUUUGACAAAAAGAAGACAAUGAUAAUUUUAAUUUUGUGCUGCCUUUUUGGUGCUUUCAAUGGCGCACUCUGCCUUUCUGGAGAAAUUCGAUCGAUAUGGGACCCAUAUAUUCCGAAAUUCUAUUUCACAAACGAAUCGUCUUUUACUGCCAACUUUUUGCGCGCUAUGGACUUAUACUACGGCGAAUUUGUGUAUAUUACGAGUUUCAUCAUCUACCUUAUCAUCAUCGUCUUUCUGCUGUGCAACGUAUAGACAACUCAUCAGAUCUGUGCGCGUCGAGCUUCCGCUCCUGUUGCACUCUUUCCAGAUAUUUACGCUGUCGGGAAUCUUGCUUUAUUUAUGGUUCUAUCCCGUUUCUGA